GAUAAUUGUGACGUCAGUAAAAAGUGCACUGAUGAUUGUGAACGUUUCGUUUUCGUUGAUGAAAUUCACUUUCUUUCUCGAUUUAUUCGAAAUAUAUCGAAUUAAUUUAUUUAAUUGUCGCUUAAUGUUGUAUUCGUAACGAAAACUUCACAAUGGAUCCAGAUUUUGAAGCAAGUGAACCUCCUUCGGUGAUACCAAACAUAGUAACCAUCAAUAAAUGGGAUGGCGAAGAUGAGGAAGAGAACGUCAAGGAUAAUUGGGAAGACGACGAUGACGACAAGAAGAAAGAAGAUCAGCCUAAAAAACAAAGCGCACAAUCUAAAAAACCUAAGUCAAGAUUGGAGGAGAAAAUAGAAGAACGAGAGAGAAGAGAAAUGCAAAGAAGAGCUAACGCUAAAAAUCUCGAGCUUGAUGAUGAUGUCGAUUACACAGACAUGACCCCCGAACAAAUUCAAGCGGAGAAGUUACGUCGUCAAAAAUUGAUCGAGGAAGCGGAUUUAGAAGUUGCCAAGGAGAUGUUAGGUUUAUCCGAUGAUGAAAACGUCGAUAAAUUGAAUCCUCGUACCAAGGAAGAAUUUAUGGCCUUUAAAGAUGCAUUAUGUAGGAAAAUAUUAUCGUAUAAGAAAUCGGACCAUUUUAGUAAUUUUAUCGAAGAACUGUUACGAGAUUUAACAGCAAAUUGUUCGGCGGCUGAAUUGAAAAAGUUUAAAUUAAAUAUGGAUAAUAUGUUCAAUGAAAAAGUACGUGUUGAAAAAUCAGAAAAAGGUAAAAAAUCAAAAGCCAAAUCGAAAGCCAAAUUACGCGUCGAAGGUGAUAAUAUGAUUUACGACGAGUAUUCAGCUUACACUAUCGACGAUUACGAUGAUUUUAUGUAACUUUGUAUCAAGAUUCAUGGAAGAAAUUUAGAAUUCAUAUUAUUUAUUACGUAAUUUUUCAUUAAAAACAGCAACAUCAACAUAUUUCCCUCCCAGUUAUAUUAAUCAACGUCAGAAAUGACGAUAUUAAUUGUGGUUUUUAAAAAAAAAUUAGGUAUUUAAAAUUUUAUAAUAAAAUGUUUAUUGUUAUUUUCAAGUAAAUUGUUUUUGGGAA